GUAUUCGUACAAAAUGUUGGGGAAAGUGAAAAACAGCAUUAUUGUCAUUUACAUGACAAUAGGACUGUUUUAUAUUCUGCUUAAUAUAAAGGCAUCUUCUACUUACAUGAGACCAAAACGACAGAUGUGGUCGAUGGAUCAUCCAGCCAUUUUCUUAUAUAGACAACAUCCAAACGCUAUGCGAAAGUUUUAUUGGUACAACAAUAGGACCCCGAUUUUGGUAGGAAAAAUGCGACUAAAAAACUAUAUGCGUAAUAUGCAGAUGUUACCAAGAUAUGUACACUCUCCUGUUCCAUAUCACGAAGGUUAUGGAAAUUCAAAAAGGAGUGUCUUUAGGGACUUAAAUAAUAUUCAUGGUUUCAAAACCACCUCCACACCAUCUACUACUACUACAGUGGACUACGUUGCGGCUCCUGUUAACACAAUUGAGUAUAGUUCGGUUCCCGUAAACCCACCAGUGGAUUUCAAUAUAGCUCCCGUCAACGCGUUCGUACCUCUAACGGCGGGAACACUUUCAAACGCAGAACGCUUGAUGGGCGUUCCGAAUCAUUCAGACUACUCCACUGAAAGCUGGAAAACAUGCACAGAGAACUGCUUCAAAAACUCGUUUCCGGACCAAUCUAGCUCGCACAGUAUGCCCAGUGAACAACCAGUGACCACAACAACUACUCUGCCUUACUUUAACUACGUUGCUCAUACCUACUUUACUUUAGACGAUGUAAUUCUACCCCACUCUGCAUCAAAAUUGGCUAAGUCCCCAACAAAAGACCAAGAUUUUCGACCUAGUCACCCAGUAUUCACUACAGAAAGUCCCCAAGAGGUUUUUACUGAGCGAGUUACGCGUACCACACAACCCAUUCCUACUAGUACUACGACUGAAUUUUCUUUGCCAGCGAAGACCACAUACUUUGAUUUUGAAUAUAGCACCAGACCAAAUUGGUUUAGUUCGACCACCUCAACCACUACAACAACAACAACUGAAUCUCCCGUUUUUCAAAAUCCAACUAUUUGGACAACACCGCAACCUAUACAAAAUAGCUUUUCUACAGCGAAUGUCACAACGCAAUCCUACAAACAUAGGUUCAAAUCCAUGAAAGCCACCAAAAACUUUUCGUCAAGUAUUGAAACUAAAUUGAAAUUAUUAAAGCUUCAUCUUAAAAAUCUAGUUACAACUAAAGAAACGCCAAAGAACAUUCAAAAUAUAACGACAGCAGCGGUUUUCGAUAGUAACACCACUUUACCCGAUACAACUACUACACCCACUCCAGCAACAAGAAAAACAAAUGUGAAUAGAAAAUUGAGAAAACUCCGAGUGUUGGCAUCAACAAAAAAAGUCCCGGUUCAAGUAACAAGAAAUUCUACAAAUUCCAAUAAACCAAAAGUGGAAUAUAAAAAAUCAAAAAGAAUUUAUCAAAGGCGGAAACACCUUAAUUCCACUGUAAUCCCAGUGCCAACAAAAAACACAACAAUCGAUAGCGACAACGAACCGAAUAAGUUUAAACGCCGCACAACAACAAGCACCCAAAAAUCGCCCAUUACCGAUGAAAAUUUAAUCUUUCGAAACUCGUCGAAAUCAACGAGACAAACUGUGGCUAAAUCUCGCGCCGAUGGAAUACCAGAAGAAAAAUUGGCGCUUGUCACGGAAUCUGCAAUAAUGACUAUUUCCAGCGGCACUAUUAAAAUGAGGCAGCCAGUAACUAAAGUAAAGUCCAAGCAGCACAGCUCCAGAAAAAUAAAACAUUUAGAGAACGACAACUUUAUACCGUCCUUGCCCAUUGAGGUAUAUUUCAAGAAAGUAAAUCAGCAGUAA